AUGCCAACGUAUCUUCCUGAGGAGACUUUAAACAGUACGGAACAAUUGAAACACUUUCUCAUACAGAAUGGAAUUUCGGAAGACGCCGUCAACAUCUUAAAAGAUGAAGGAGUUGACGGUUACGCUUUCAUGGAAUUAACUGAAAAUGACUUGAAAGAACUUAAAAUUAAGAUUGGCCCAAGGAAAAGAAUAUUAAAUUUAAUUAAUGCUUGCCAUAAUGUGAUACAUCGAGAUUUUGAUAUUAGAUCCUGGAUUAAAGAAAAUGAAAAAGAAUCUAAAAGAAAUCCAUCACUUAUCAAUAUUUUAGAUUCAGGUAUUAUUCACCCUACUAAUAGACAAGAACUUAUAAGAAUUUGUUGUGCGGGUUUAAUACAACUUAACAAUAACAAUUUAUAUCCAUCACAUGAAUUAAAAAUCGAAUUAGCGAGGCAAAUUAUUACACAGUUUCCGAAACUUCGAUCAACUCUUUCUGAAAACGGCUACGAACAUUUUUAUGAUAAUAAAACAAAUCAGGGUUUUAUAGAGUAUCGUUUAAAAACUAUGAGAAAACAUUUAAGUCCAUCUAAAAAAAGAAAAGCUACUUCUAACGAAUUAAAAAUAAAAAAAUCAAGAAUAUUAAAAGAUAUAAAACAAGAUAAAUAUUUGGAAGAAGAUAUAUUUACAUUAAAAGUUGCUGAGCUUGCUUUAAAAAUGCCGAAUGAAACAAAUAAAGAUGAUAUAUUUCGAUUGAGCGAUGAAACGAGAUGUAAUCGCCAAAAACAAAUAAAAGAAUCUGAUCAAGAACUAACAUUGAGUGACAUUUUAAAAAUGUACCCACGUUUUAAGGAUUAUAAAGGCGAAUUGAUUCACAGAGAAUUUAUAGCUGAAUUUCCAGAUAAUGAUAAGUUUUUGGCACAAUUUACUACUCUUUACGUGCCGAGAAUUUUACAAUAUUGUUCCCUGAACGCACCAUAUUUACUACUACAUGUUAAUGAUAUUGAAGAUAAUAUGAAAGCUUUAAUUUUAUUACCGCAUUUAUUGCCGUCUCCUAAUUAUACCAAAUGUAAAAAGAAAAAUAAUGUGCAACCUUAUUUAAUAUGUAGUAAGACCAGUGAGGAAAGAAAAGGAAUAUAUUAUAUUAAGGCAGAUGAUCAUUUAAUCGAAAUUGGAAACAAUGGCUUGCAAGCUUUUGAUAUUUUAUUAAAACUGCAUUAUUGUUUUGAUAUACAUUUUUCUGCAGAUUUGAUUAAUUUUUAUAAUUUUAUCACUGGUUGCAUACUACAGUUAAUACAACCCAAAGCAUGUUGUGUAGCAUUUGAUGUUACUCUCAAAAAUUUAUCUACAAACAAAAGCAUUCAUUUACAUGAAUCAUCCGAUUAUGAUGAUGAAGAAAUUUAA